UUAUUUCAAGGAAAAAAAAAAAAAAAGAAAACCUUUUAUUUAGGGGAAGAAGAAAGAAGAAUAUAUAUGGCUGCAGAGAAGUAUCAGCAGGGAUAUCCACUAGCUCCGGCAAGCGUUAUGCCCCGAAGCGAUGAAGAAUCGGCUGCCUUCCGGUCGAUCGACGAACACGAGCUCAAGAAGAAGAAGAGACUGAGAUGCUUCGCUUAUAUUGCUAUCUUUGCUGUGUUCCAAACCGCAAUAAUUCUCGUCUUUGCUCUCACUGUGAUGCGCUUUAAAACGCCCAAGGUCCGUUUGGGAGACGUCAGCAUCAGCAGAGCCAACGGAACUGAUGACUUUAGGUUAACCGCAAGAGUUCUUGUAAGGAACAGAAAUUUUGGGCACUACAAAUUUGAUGACACCAUGGCAACUAUAAAGUCUGGGGACGCAACUGUAGGGGAAUUUAUCAUCCCAGAAUCAAGGGCUAGGGCACGAUCAACUAAAAGACUUUAUAUUAUUGCUGAUAUAAAUUUUUCUUCAGGCAAUAAUUCUGGGUUUUUGCCUCUUUCUGUGGAGGCCAAAUUGAGAGGAAAAGUUCGUCUUAUUAAGGUUAUAAAAAGGAAUAAAUCAGCUGAUAUGAAUUGUACUAUGUCGAUUAAUAUGGCUACGAAUUCCGUGCAAGAUCUGAACUGCGAGUGAGGGAUCGAAAUGGAUCGAGAGAUUCACAUCAAGUGACGAGUUAUUGAAAACUCUAUCGAAGUGUUUUCUUUAAUCGAAGUAUAGUCGGCCAUCUAUAGCCAUCUCUUUGUCGAUGGCUGAAUAGAGUUAAGACUUGCAAGCUUCUAUUUGGUGUGGUUUUCUCGGGGAUCGAUCUUGAUAUUUUCUUUAUUUUUGAUAUCUAUAUCUCAAUGUGAUUUGUGUGAAUAAUAUCAAGUUCAUUUUCUAAUCUC